CCUUCCCCAUCUUCUUCGCUCCUCACUUUCACGAUGUCCUCCCGCGUCGGUCUUCGUUUCUUCCAGAACUCUCGCGCUGCUUUUCGCAAUGCGCAGCGUCGCUUUGGCGCCGGACGCCGCUUCCAGAGCUCGGAUGCUGCCGCUGAGCAACAGAGCACUUUCCAGCGUAUAUGGAACAGCCCCGUCGGUGUCAAGACGGUGCAUUUCUGGGCCCCUGUUAUGAAGUGGGCUCUGGUCAUUGCCGGUAUCUCCGAUCUUAGCCGUCCUGCCGAGAAGCUGUCUUUGACUCAGAACGGUGCCCUGACGGCUACCGGAGCCAUCUGGACCCGCUGGUGUCUGAUCAUCAAACCUAAGAACUACCUGCUUGCUGCUGUCAACUUUUUCCUCGGAUGUGUCGGUGUCGUUCAGGUCGGCCGUAUCUACAACUACCACCGUAGCCUGGAUGAAUCUCCUGUCGAAGCCAUCAAGGCGAUGGAACACGAAGUGGUUGACUCAGCGAAGGAGGCCGCCGUGAAGGCCGAGGCUGCUGUUGAGAAGAAGUCCGCAUAAAUCGGUUCAACUGGUUCUGCCAGAUGGGACUCUACCACGCAAGGGGGCCCGACGAGGGUCUAAAAAGGAAACUGUGCAUCAGGGAGAUAGACCGUCGAUUGACGAGCUUUUGGGUGGAUCUGGGCAUCUAGCACUCGAUAGACAGUACUUCGGGGGCUCUACUGGCUCAACGCAACAUGGCUGGCGUUCUUGUUUGUAUAUAUUAAAUCAGGGCUGCACUGGUUUCCCGCCGAAGACGUUAGAUAAACCGAAUUUAUC